AUCCAGCGGUCAGAGCUCUUCAUUCAGUAAAAUUCCCAGCCGAGUUUUGAUACGAGGAGCUGCAGGGGAUGUAGGGGAGGAAGUCUGCGCUUAUUUUCACACUGACAAGAAACUUCACGUAUCAACCCCUCCUUAUUGCAGGGUGAAGACUCCUGCAACAUGGACGGCUUUUAUGACCAGCAGGUCCCUUUCGUGGUCCCAGAGAGUAAAUGUCACGCGGAGGGAGCAGAGAGAUGUCUCAGCGACCGGAAAAGGAAGUUCAUGGACACAGAGCUGGCUCAGGACACAGAAGAGCUCUUUCAAGAUCUGAUCCAGCUCCAGGAAAUAUGGAUCGCAGAAGCUCAGGUUCCUGAUGAUGAGCAGUUUGUCCCAGAUUUCCAGUCCAAUAACUUGAUGUUUCAUGGACCGCCCAUCAGCAAAGUGAAGAGAGAGCCCAGCCCGUCUCCCUGCAGAACGCCUCACGCUGACAUGUGCCUUUAUAGUUACAGUGCCUGUGGCAACAAGCCAGCUGUGCUCAAAGCUCCGACUCCAGCCUCCACACCCGUACAGUGUGGCUCCACCCAUCCGGCAGGACCUCCACCCGUACAGAGGCAGUUGCACCCGUCUUCCCCCCAGCUGACCGAUAACUGCCCCCGGAUCCACGCUCCUGCCCCGAGCCCCUCCCACCACCGCAGCCUCCCACAGCCCAACCAAAGCCAGCAGUUUGCUCUGCCUCAUCUCAGCUGCCCCGGUGCGUCUUUUAGCACAGAACCAAGGUUCCAGCGGCAGCAGUCGGAGCCCUGCUUGUCCUUCCUCCCUCCGGAGAAAGCGGUCAACACGCCGUACCAACGCCCGAGCCGUGACGGGCGCCCGCUGUAUCAGCGCCACCUUUCAGAGCCCCUGGUUCCCCACGGGCCCAGAGGUUUCAAACAGGAGCUGGUGGAUCCACGAUACCCAGAGCCGGGGCCGCGUCCAGGUCUGGGGCCGUCCCAGGCUGCCUUCAACCAUGUCUCCAUCAAACAAGAGCCAAGGGACUUUGGCUUUGACUCAGAAGUUCAAACCUGCCAGUCGUCAUUUGGGAAGUCUUCAGUCUUAUACCAGAACAACAACAUUGGGUUUGGUGCUGACAGAGAGCCCCGGCUGGGCUAUGAUGACACUUGUGUUGUGCCAGACAGACCGGAAGGUAAAGUGAAGCAGGAGGGUCUGCCGUACCAGCGGCGCGGCUCCCUGCAGCUCUGGCAGUUCCUGCUCACGCUGCUGGACAACACGGCCAACGGGCACCUGAUCGUCUGGACGGGCCGCAACAUGGAGUUUAAGCUCAUCGACCCUGAGGAGGUGGCUCGGCUCUGGGGGCUCCAAAAGAACCGGCCGGCCAUGAACUACGACAAGCUGAGCCGCUCCCUGAGGUACUACUACGAGAAGGGCAUCAUGCAGAAGGUGGCUGGAGAAAGGUACGUCUACAAGUUUGUGUGCAACCCCGAGGCGCUUUUCUCCAUGGCCUUCCCAGACAACCACAGGCCGAGUCUGAAGGCCGACCCGGACGCCAUCCUGGCUCCCUGCGAGGAGGACGGCGCCCCCCCGCCGAGCUACGAGGACGAGGGGCCGUACCUGGCCGACGGAGCGGACCAGGGUCUGGCUUUCCCUGACAACUACCCGUUCUAAACUCCGCCGCUGGAGGGAACAGGAGGUAUUUUACAGGAGGAACCUGAAUAACUGAGCAGGGUUUGAGGUUUUCAACAUGUAUACCCACGUUGUGUUUGCCACAGGAAAAUUUGGAUUCAUCAGAGAAUCUUUCAUCAAGAAGAAAUUGUCUCUGUUGUCAAAAAAGCUUUGGUUGCAGAGUGAUGAUUCAGCCUGAAGCUAGAAUGCAACAACUGGAGUUCUGAUUUGGUUAGUUUCAAUGGCCUAGGGCCAAAAAAGAAAACCACAGAAGAAUGUGGAGAGUUCCAGAAUAAAGUUGUAAUAUUUUGAAGAAACAUUCUUUUUUCUUUUUUUUUAAUGGGGUAAAGAGUCAUACAGUAACUUGUAACUAAUGGUUUUUCAGGAAAACGUGACACACAAGAUCAAUGUCUAAAGCAUUUUACACUUCCAAUUUUUUUCUCAUAAAAAUUGCGGCUGUAUUCUCCAAAUAUUACAGCUUUAAAUCACGGUUUUACACUCACAUUUUUCUCAAGAUUUAAUUUUUCUCCUCGUCGCAGGGACCCUCCAACCUGCUCGGUUGGAGUUUUGUAGCAUGGCGUAGCGUAUGUGAACUCUGGGAUCUUUAUUUCAACCAAAAAGCAUCUCCAAAACAUGGGCACUCCUUAACUGAUUUCCUUCUGAUUGGGAUUGUGGGUAAUCCUUAUACUGCUUGAAAGGGACACACUUGUAUUUUCCAGAUGUUAUAGUCCUCCUAUAAACAUGUAUAUUGAAAUGUCUUUGUGUACUUUUUCUUGUCUUCAAAGCUAAUAUUUUUGGCAUUAUACUGACUUGUAAUUUUUUCCUAAACUGUUUUUAUAAAGGUACUGCUACUCUUUUUCUGUAAUACUGCCACUACAAUGCUAAUAAUAAUAAUAAUAAAUAAUAUAAGCAUGGAUUUUCUUGAAACAGUCUCCCCAGUUAUUGUACUGAGAGUUUUCUGCAUUUUGUAUAGUUGAUUUGCUUCAAUGUCUAGAAAAUGUGUAUAAUUAUAUAUGAAUAUAUUUUUGCAAAAGGCUGCAUUUGCUUGACGUUGUACUAUGAGCUGCAGAGUUGAGCUUAUCCCGCUAAUGUAUUGCAUCAACUCCAUUCUCUCCCCGAUGGAAGACUUCCAUCCUCUGGGUCCUGCAGAGAGAAAUGGCUGGAAAGUAAUGGUAUAUUUUGCUCUAUGAUCACAUGGUUGGUUUAAGUGGAGGAGGGUGGUGUAUGUGGAGGCUGGAGAAUGGAUACAGACACUGGUGUGAUGUGUGCCCUCAGAUACUGUACGUGUGCCUUCUGUUAUCUUUACUGAUACAAUAAACUAUUUUACUCUUUUA